AUGACGGGCUUCACCACUGCGAAUGAUGGCGCAGACGUGUGGGCGGCAAGCUCAACUGGCAUCGUGGUGUUGGUGGGGGCGCUUUCGGCGCUGGUAUCCGUCUUGAUUGCCGUUGUGGUUCUGCAACGGCAGCGGCUUCAGCGCGCUGGUAGCAAGGAGCGUGAUGCGCAAUACUCGCCACAGAUUGCCUGGGACAAAGGCACCACUUCAGCUCUGGCCGAGGCGCUUGGCACACACGUGCCGCCGGGAUCAAUCGCAGCACCCAGCCCCGGCCCCAGCAUCACCCUCGUCGGGGCGGGUGUGGGAAAUCCAGACCACCUCACGCUGGGAGCUUUGCGCGAGCUUCAAACCGCGGAUUUGGUUGUAGCAGAUCAAUUGCUACCUCCGACCAUCUUGGCAUUGGCUGGAGGCCGACUGGUGGUGGCCAACAAAACAAAGGGGCGGGCGCAUGAAGCCCAAGAGGAGAUUUACGAUGCCUGCCUGGCCGGCCUGCGCGCUGGUCAACGCGUCGUUCGCCUCAAGGGGGGUGAUCCCUUUGUGUUUGGUCGUGGUGCCGAAGAGGUUUUGCGCUUCCGUCAACAUGGCUACGAAGCUCGUGUGCUGCCCGGCAUUUCCUCCUGCAUUGCUGGACCGGGGCUGGCUGGCAUUCCUCUUACCCUCCGCGGCGUGGCCGAUUCUUUUGUCGUCACCACAGCUCACGGCAAGAACGACACUGAUCCUCGGUGGCCAGAGUUUCAGCCAUACCGGACGUUUGUGUUUUUGAUGGGCGUAUCUCAGCUACCGCGCCUGCACAAUAUCCUCACGCAAACCCGCUACGGAUUCCCCAGCCGUUUGCCCAUGGCCAUUGUGGAACGGGCCUCACACCCUAAGCAGCGCGUACUACGAACCACGCUCGAUCAGGUCGCGGAUCUGGCUGCUCGCCAGCAUGUCACCUCCCCCGCCGUCCUCAUUCUGGGCGAGGUCACGACCUGUCUUCAGUCGGCUCCAAACUAA